AUGUCUCAGCAACCGGAUGAUUGGAGUGUUAAUGAUCACCUGCAUGAUGCAAGUACCCACAUGUACACGCGGUUGCCUUUAAAUUAUGUGUACAUCUCUACGUAUGAAUACGUACUCUUGCCACCGGAAGAUCAUCUCAUUCAACAAGCUACCGAGGAAGUUGCCCGUGCGCAUGCAUAUGGCCAAGAAUUCCCCCUUCCCUUAUCCCCUAUCCUAUCCGCACCUCGGCCUCCUAUCGCGGUUCCCGCAGCAGUCCUAGCUCAGGACGCGCCCGCGGCUCUCCCUGCAGCUGCCUAUCCAGCCGAAGAACCCAACCGCUGUCACCCGCCUCCAGGUCGCUGUGCCGGAAACUUUGACGGUCCCCACGAAUGUAUUUGGAGCGGCAGAAAGCUCACCAUAUCAUGCACCACGUGUGGCAAAGUCUUCCCACGUAAGAGUGACUUCAACCGUCACUAUAAUAAUAUCCAUGAUAAGACCUUGCAUCAUUGUCCGUUCCUGGGCUGCAGCAGCGUCUUCGCCCGCCACGACAACGUCAUUCCGCACCGCAGGAGUUUCCACGGAGAGAUCAUCGAAGUCAGAAAGGCAGCACCGCCCGGCAGCAGGGUCAGAGCCCGCGCUCGGGCUGCGGAGAAUAGUAGAGACGGCGCCAAGGGUAGGAACAUGGACGUUGCCGUUGCCGAGUAG